CCUAUCCAACAUGGAAGCGGUUCCUUGGUAGCUCUGGUGCCCUCUGCCCAUAGACUUAAUAUUGACUCUUCCUCCUCUUUUUUUCCCUUCUCUCUUUUUUCCUUCCCAUCCCCCCACUUGGGUUGAAUGCCGAUGUCACCAACAGCUCCUCUUACGGAGCCGAAAGUGCAGAAGCAAAAGCGCAGGAAAUUCAUCCAUUUAACAAAAGCACAGGCGGCCUGCGGAAAGCUCCAGGACACACAGAGACAGAGACCGAGAGAAGAGACCUGCAGCACGGUUUAGAUUCGCACACGCUUUUCCGCUCCACCUCCACUUGCCCGAUCCGAACAUGGCAAGUGGGCAUCCCAUUGACUCAUUUGCUUUCAUGUACAGACCAGAAAGCUCUCAGAACUCAAAGAGUAAGGUUCGACCGUCUUCCAGCAUGAAUCCUGUUUAUAGUCCAGUGCAGCCGGGCACGGCGUACGCAAACCCUAAGACCAUGACUUACCCAGGCUAUCCUGCAGGUUAUCCUACAACGGCUCCUGCAUACUCACCUAACAUCUACCAGACGGGCACCCCGGGAUACCCUGCAGGAUACACAACGGGAACUCCCUACAAGGUGCCCCCGGCACAGACGAACGGAGCCCCUCCGCCGUACUCGGCGUCCCCGAAUCCCUACUCCACAGCCAUGUACCCCAUCAGAAGUGCCUACCCGCAACAAAACCUUUACGCUCAGGGUGCAUAUUAUUCCCAGCCGGUGUUUGCGCAGCCGCACGUAAUCCAUCACACCACGGUGGUGCAGCCCAACAGCCUGCCGUCAGCCAUCUACCCUGCGCCGGUGCCUGCUGCCCGGCCUAACAGUGUGCCCGUGGGCAUGCUGAGCGGCUCCACCAUGGCUAUGUCUGCAGGGCCUCUGCUCACCACACCACAGCACACGCAACACAUCGGCACUCACCCGGUGACCGUGCCAACGUACAGGCCGCAGGGGUACAGCUACGUACCUCCGCACUGGUAGAGCUGCCAGCCCGCUGCAUAUCUGGAGUUCACAUUGUUCACAUUUCCAGUCUUCGUGGACGCAGCCUCCAGCACCGGGCCACCGAGUCCUUCUGCGAGUACAAAUACUGAACGAGCAACGGUCACUUUAUGUGUUCUUGGCGAUUUCGUUAAAGCUGCUCACUCGAUCAGAAUUUGUUCAGUUUUUGUGUUACGUUAGAAAUCCCUGACCAACACCUACCAGCAGUUUAAACACACAUACAGAAAAUUCACCUACAACAGGCGGCAGCCAGCAUCGCGCUGCUGUUAACUCCGGGUCCUGUGCUACACAAGGACUUUCUCUAACAGUCUGAAUGUACACGUUUGCUUAUUACACAAUAUAACAUUUAGGUUUGAGUUCAGGGUGAUUCCUUUUUUUUAUUUUUUUUAUUUCUGCACUGCUCAUAUAAAGUGCAGGCCUUUUUUUCCCCCUUUGUUACAAUUUGCUUUGACAUGCUCCAUCCCCCAGCACGUUAACCAGGGUCUUCAUUCUCGUGCUAGUCGGCACAACCCGAGGACUCGUUGUAAAUCGUUUUCAUCUGUUACUGCCAUUCUAGUAGGUGCGCAAUUUUUUAGAGGACAUUUCAACAACUGAUCCAGCUGUAAUAGACAUUAAACUGGCUCAGCCUUCUUUGGUAGGGUUUUUAAAUCCGGUUAACCAUUGGUAGUUGUAUUAGCAGUGGUUUAACCAGGUUAAGUGGGUUAACCAGAUUUAGGUGGUGUAUUAAUCAGUUUUAUUAAACACUUUAAAUAGGAUAGCCAAUUUUAAUUGAUGGGGAAUAAUAGACGUUUUAAUAAUUUACCCAGUUUACAUUGGGUGAAGCAUCUUGAGUGGACACUCUAAGGUUUUUUUUGGUGUUUUUUUUUUUUUUGUUUAAUUAAACAGAUCUUAAAAGACGUCCAUCAUCUUAACUGAAGUGGAUAUUUUAGUUAGCUAAUCAGAUUCAUUUCUGAAGACAUUUCAUUGACUCAUCAUUUAAACCAGGCCCUUCAGACGGGGGUUAGUGGAGAUUUCCAGAGGUUAUCCAGCUUUAUUGGACAUUUUCCUGGGUUAGGAAGUUUCAUGAGAUGCUUCAAAGUUAGGGAGGGGGUAAGCUUGUUUCAGUGGACGUUUUAGUCAUUUACCCGGCUUUAGUGCUUACGUUUUAAAGAACGUCAUGGACAGUAGGUUAUCCGCCAUCAUAUCUCAUGAAGCUGUGAAGCAACGUUGAUAUAGUAUCCAUGCAGUGUGAAUAUAAUGAGCAAAAGGCCUGCUCUAAUAGGCUUUACGUGCACACGCUUACUGAUUGUGCAUACGCAUCCCUCAUGUGCAUACGCAGAUUCCAUAGAAGAGAUACAGCGAGACAGGAGCAGUGCAGCGGCUGGUCUAGGAGGCUUAGAGGUGUAAUGAAGUGUGAAAACCCGAACAGGAAGGUUUGAGGCCCUGGCCAUUUGAAGUUCACACCGAUUUGCACUCGCGCCACACUAGCAAUCUUGUCGGGCUCAAAAACUUUUUUUUUUGGUUUGGUUCUGUACGUGCUUAGAUUGUCAGAUCGAAGGCAAACGAAACGGUGCAUGAUUUCGAGCACAUCCAUACCGCUAAAAAUCUGACGCCUCGUUUCCGAGUGCAGUUUGCAAUAAUGUUCAGAAGUCCUCAUGGUUUUCAUGCUCUUGUGUAGCACCAAGGAUUCAUUACUAGGCAGCUGCGAGGGAUAAAAAAAAAAAUCAUCAUCCCUGCUUUUUAAUACUGUUUGUUAAGCACCCUUGCCCUGUUUCUCUUUAAUUAUACAAACGAGAACAAAUCCAGUUCAAAAAAUUAUUUAUUUAGUCAUCACUAGCCAACUAGGAUGAUAUAAACCUGGUUUAAUAACGAUGUGUCAUACUGAUUAUCUACAUCUACACCCAGAUUCAAUCGCAUAACUCAAUCUAACUGUAAUAUGUCAAGCUGUAGUGCAUUCUGGGUAGUUUUACAAUGGACAGCGAUGCCGAUAUUCAACCUUCGCUUGAGCAAAUAUCAUCCUUUUUUUUGUGCGUGUGUGUGUGUGCUUAAAACAGAGUUAGAAAGCAGAAUGUGAUUUUUUUUUUUAUCCCCAUCCUGUGUCUCUUUUCAUGCAUGCUCGUUGUCUUAGAUUUGGAGCAGGCCAUAGGUUCAAGAUAGUUCUUAAGAAGGAAUUAAAAUCUGUGUUUCAUUCGUUAGGUUCUCAUUCGUGCGCAUAAGAGAAUAGUUAGUAUAAGUGAGAGACUACAUCGCUCAAGAAACUCAUAACGAACGUAUAUAACUAACAUCCAGUAAGGAAUAUUGCACUCUUCAAAAGUAAUAAUCUAUGCUUGUAGUUGGUACAGUACUUAAUCUUAAAUAAGCAGCGCAUUAAAUGUACAUUUCAAUUGUGGUACUCUAGUCUUCCAGGCAAAAAAUAAAAACAAAAAAAACAUAUUAAUAAUAAUAAUAAUAAUACUACACUGAUGAGAUUCAUGCAAAAUAUUAUAUAUCAUUGCCGUAUUCUUCCAUAUUUUAACCACUUUAUUAUAAAAAAAAAAAAAUACAAGUCUGUGUUUUAAUAAAAAGCAACACAAUGGAGUUUUCAGGCUUUACAGUAUUUCAUAUGAUCACACUAGUGUAGAGUUGUGUGUUUGUCUAGGGGAGGUUGUCACCCUGGGUUGUGCCGUGUCAGUCCGUGUAAGAUUUGCAGCAUCCUCUGUAUCCUCGUAUUUGUUGGUUUUAUGCACUAAAAAUUAUACGCAAAUUCUAUUUUUGACGGCAGAAGCAUGCUCUCUGGCUUUUUGUCAGAGUUGGGCUUGAAAGAAUCUUGAAAGUUCAGAAUCGUUAAGUUAAUGUGAAGUUUGUGACUUUUACGGUCGCAUCACGGCAAAUCAUUUGCUCAGAUUUAAGAUGUCAUGGGAACGUUUUCUAUGAAGCUUAUAUUCAGAAAACCUUUUGCUCAUUGGUCAGAUAUAAACAUGUAGUUUAAAUGUCAUUAUUCAUCCCGUGUUUUGAGUCUUUUUUCUGCAGUAUGUGCAAAUCGUUCUUUAUUAGUGUAAAUAUGCAUUACAUAGACUUUUAGGCCUUUUGAUGUUCACAUUACGAGCCAUGUUGUUCAAGUCUUUGUUUUGUUUGUUUGUUUGGAUCAGAUUUGCAUGUGGUGACGGAUCACAUUCAUAAUUACAAGCGAUUUUUAUCUGACUCUAGUGUGCGACCACUCGUUCAUUUUAAACAAUGGAUGUUUGGGAUUGUGCCCUAGAGGACAGCUAGCAGUCACUCAUUUGUAUUUGUUGAGUUCCAGAACAAGGAAGAAAGCCAGACGCCUCGCUUUAGCUGUUUUAUCAGCUGUUGUUAGCACUGCUAUGAAAUCCAAUGUUCUCAGGGGUGUCUGACGUCUUCAAACGCACUACGCAUGCUCAGAGGUGCAAAGAUUCGCACCGUUCUUGUGCAAGUCACAUGACCAUGUGACAUCAGCUAUCUAGGAAUCUAGGUCCGAUCUAGGAAAGUGACUCCGAUCCGAUCUGAAAAACAUCAGAAUUUUGUGUUCAGACAGCCCUAAAAAUCAGAUCUGUGUCACUUUAGGGGGAAAAAAAAUCGGAACUGAACCACUUCAGGCUGGUAAUGUGAACGUAGCCUUAGUAUUUUAGUGCAUUUUUUAAACCAAGAACCUCUUAUAGAAAUUGGACGAAUAAUAACAAUAAUAAAAACUAUUCUUUUGUAGUAACCAACCAGUUAGUUACUCUAAUGAUUUUGAAGAUUGUGAUCAGAAAAGAUUUACAGUGUGCUGUACAGUACUGUGCAAAAGUCUUGACCCCCCCCCCAUCACACAAAUUUCUUUUUGCCAGACAUUCAAAAUACAAGAAAGUCUGAAAGACCCAGACUUUAUUUUAUUUUUAAUGUAGCAUCAAGGAAUAGUUCUCCAGACUUGAAGUACUUUUUUACUUUUUUGUCUCUCGUUUUCAGUCCAGUCCCUGUACCAGAGCAAUUUCAGAGGAAUGUUUUUGUUCGCUAAGCCACACAGUGACCUAUGAAUCAUUCUAAAAACCUCUAACUUAAGGCAUGAACCAGUGAGAAACAGGUGCAGAUGAUUGAGUUGGUGAUUAGUAUACUGCUGAAUGCUGAAUGGAGACGAGAGGGGAAACGAGGUUCCUGCUGCAGUUGAUACAUAGAAAAACUGCAUCUUUAUCUACAUAAUUUAAUUAAGUUUAAUAUAAAUAAAUUAAGACUUUUGCACGUAAUUGUAUAUCAUAUAGUGUUACGGUGAUUACAAGGGUUAUGAAUUGAGCUCCACAGAAAACUGUUACUUUGUCGAAUUAGUUUUUUCUUAAGGCAACACAAUAUCUGUUGUUCAUUCUGGUUAAGUUCUAGUCUUCGUUUCAUUCUGACUGAGUCACGACGCAACAUAUACAUACAUGCAUACAUACAUACAUACAUACAUACAUACAUACAUACAUACAUACAUACAUACAUAUGGAAUGCACUUCUAAUAAUCAUAACAAAUAAAUAGCAUAUAUACGUAGCUAAACAUUUGAAGCUAUGCACUGGUUAAUUAUUUCUGACAGACACUCACAGUAGAAGAACCGUAUGUUUUACACACCUUUAUACACCUUACACAUUUUACAAACAUAGCUCAUUUAUCCUGUAGUGAAAUGCAAGCAGCAAUGCAUGGCCGCUAGGAACAGACCUGUGAAUACUGAGAAGCGAUGUACAUAUCCAAAUAUUAUACAGAGAAUAAGUAUUUUGAGUAUUUGAGCGCUAGAAUGUAUUUUCAAAUACAUGUAUUUUCUCGAAGACUUGAGUACUUACAGUAGGUACUUUUUUUUCUCUUUUUUUUCGCCCAGGUCUGUUGUAGAGAACGUGAUAAUUUUCCAUUCCUCAUUCCAACUUUAUUGAGUUACAGAUAAGUCUUAAUUAUUCUUUUUUUCAGUAUAAUGACAAUACAACCUUACAGUAUAUAUAUAUAUAUAUAUAUAUAUAUAUAUAUAUAUAUAUAUAUAUAUAUAUAUUACAGUUACACAAUAUCAUACCAUCUGCUUACAUUCAUUGCCAUGUAAUGCUUCAGGGUUCGCUUAUUUAUCUUUUGGGAAACUGCUAGAAUAUGUUUAAAGUCGAUUCUCAGUCUUAAUUGUGUAUCAAAUUCAUGCAGAAAUACAUAUCGGAAAUUCCCUCAUUCUGACGUCUGUAAGUUUUCAUCCUGAACAAAUUACAAUGUUGGAAAAAUGUUGGGUUUAUUCAAAAACAAUAAUCUAUUAAUAACAAUAAAAAUGUUUGGAGUUAAUCUUUCUUUAAAAAAAAAAGAAAAAAAGAAUUGUGCAACACUGCAUAUGGUUUAAGAUGCAUAAUAGAACCACAUGGAUCACUGUUAUACCUUUUAAACGUACAUUAAUAUACUGUACACAUGUACAAGCUUUUGUCUGUGUGUGUGGAAAUGUGAUAAAUAAGUUGUUGGUUUAAGAGGUAAAAGUAAUUUCAUUGGUUUUAGGAAUUAACCAAACGCAUCAGCCUGAACAUUUUUUUGGAUACAUGAUUUGGAUAAAUAAAAUAAAAAAAUAUGAAUUUUUGUCUUGUCAGUUAAAGGCAAUAUUGCAGUGAAGCAGGAUCAUCUAAAACCAAUUUUCGGGAAAUGUAGACAUAAACCAUGUUUUUCACAUACAUUUAAGAAUUCUAAAACAACAACAGCAUACAUUUUGCCGUAAAUUUUCCGCGCCUCGUGUCCACCUGCGGACAACCACAGAAUUCUUAAAUUCCCGUACGAGCCCUUAUUUAUGGAAACUGAACCGAUAUAAACGUAAGCCGACACUUCGUCUUCCGAAACGUAGUUUUCAUUAUGAGUUUUUGGUUUCAUCAGGCAGAGUUUAAAACCAAUAAGCAGCCAACUUCAGUUUCACUCAGCGCUUUUCUGUCUGUUACAUGACGUCACGAUAUAAUUAUCCACAUCAGGUUCUGUGCAGAUGAAGUCCAGUUCUGUUGUUUUAUGUUGUAAUGAGGAUCUGUUAGCUGAUCUUGGUGAAUUAAAAAGCCAGGGUUGUAAUUGUAUUAUAUUUGCUGUACAUGUCAAAUGUAGACCAUUCAAUUCAAAGUAUUAAAAUCUUUCAAAAACAGUU